AUGUGUAUAUAUUUACUAUUGAUCCUGCUUUUAAUGGCUAAAACAGAUAUUGUUGUUCGAAUGGAUAGUUCAAGAAAUAUCUUUACAUUACCACCAAGAUUUGAACAAGCUAUAUAUAAUAUCAAAGUUCCAGAAAAUAAUUUACCUGGAAGAAUUGGAAUUGUUAAAGCUCAUCAUCGUGCUGAAGAAAUGUUAAAUGAUAGAACAAUGUAUAGUAUAUUAACUUUAAAUGAAAAUUCUAAUUAUUUUGUCAUUGAUGGUAAUUCAGGUGAAAUAAAUUCAACAAAACAAUUUGACUUUGAAGAAGAUAUAACUAGAUUUGAACUUAAGAUUUUAGGUUGUCUUGUUAGUAAACCAGCAUUAUGUGGUGAAGCAGAUGUUCUUAUUACUAUUAUUGAUGUUAAUGAUAAUAAGCCAAUAUUUGAUAAAGAUGUAUAUAAUUUAACUGUCCCAAUGGAUUUAAGUGCCGGAAGUGAAAUUGUUACAAUUGUAGCUAAAGAUAUUGACUCUGGUAAAAAUGGUCAAAUAAAUUAUAAAUUAAUAUUAAGUAAUGAAGAUAAAGAUAUAUUUUCAAUUGAUAAUACAACUGGAACAAUAUAUUUAGAAAAAGAAUUUGAAAAAAGAUUAGUCUAUCAAUUUGAUGUUGAGGCUUCCGAUAAUGGUGAACCUCAAUUAUCCUCAACAGCAACAAUUAAUAUUAUUCUUGGUGGUUCAAAUCCAACAGCACCUGAAUUUGAUGAAUUUAGAUAUGAUAUUAAUAGAGAAGCCCCUAUACCAGCAGGUGUUGUUUUAGCACAAGUACAUGCUUCUGACCCAGAUCCUGGACCAGAAGGUAUUGUUAAAUAUCAAUUUGGAAAUGCUUCUAAUAGUCAAAUGAAAAAAAAUUUAGAAAAAUUAAUUAUAAAUAAAGAUAAUGGUAAAAUAAGUUCACUUGUUGAAUUAACAGUAAAUGAUGGUCCAAUAAUGCAAAUAAUUGUUGAAGCAUUAGAUCAAUCAUCUAUAUUUAAAAGAAAAAGUCAAACAGUAGUUGUUAUUCAUAUUGUUAGUAAUCAAACAGAUUAUUUAGAAUUUGUUCCAUUACCAAAAAUAGUUUAUAUAUCAUCAGAAAAAUCUCUUGGUUCACCAAUUAUUAGAAUUUCAGCCAAAAGUAGCCUUAAUGAAUUAAUUACAUUUUCUCUUGAAAGUGAUAAUAGAAUAAAAAAAUAUUUUAAAAUUGAACAAGAUAAACUUAUUUUAAAUAGAAAACUUCAACCUGGAGAAUAUAUAUUAAAAAUGAAAGCAUCUAUUAAAAAUGAUUAUCUUACAGCAUCACAUCAAAUGAAAAUUGUUGUUAUGAAAGAUAGAGAAAAAUUUCCAGUUUUUGAAAGAUUAUCUUAUCAAUUUCAUGUACCUAUUAAUGGAGAUUUUCCAUUAAAAUUACCAAAACUUAAUUGUACAUUAUCUAAUAGUCCAAUUGAAUAUUCAUUGUUUCCAAGUAAAAAUUUACCUGAAGGUUUAAAUAUUGAUGAAGUUACUGGUGAGAUAACUGUUAAUGAAACAUUUGUACAUACAUAUCGAAAAAAAGGUUAUGUAUUUGUUGUUGUUAGAGCUCGAAAUAUGAUGUCACCACAAUUUUUUAGUGAUGUUGGUGUAACAAUUAAAGUUGAUGAUACUGUCUUUUCAUCACUUCUUUAUAGAUUUACUAUUAAUGAAAAUACACCUGUUGGUACAAUUAUUAAUAGUUCAAUUAAAAUAACAAAUGAUGAGAAUAAUGAUGAAAGAAAUAUACAAUACUUUGUUGAACCAGAUGACAAAUUUGGAAUUGAUAAAAAUGGAAAUUUAAUUGUUAAAAAAUUGAUUGAUUUAGAAAAAUUAAGACCUGAAAGUAAUGGGGUUAUUAAUUUAAAUGUCAUUGGGAAACAAAAUACUGAGACAACAUCUGCCAAAGUUCAAAUUAAGAUAAAUGAUGUCAAUGAAUUUCCACCAAUUUUUGUUGAUGAAAUAUUGAAAUUUUCUAUUGAUGAUGAUAAUGUACCUGGUGAUCAAUUAGGUAUAGUAACAAUUCAUGAUGAUGAUUUUACAGGACCAGGUUUAUUAGAUUUUCAAUUUGAAACACAAGGUGAAGAAGUCUUUGUUAAUAUUGAUAAUGAAGGUAAAAUUACAUUAACAGAUGAUGUUCAUAAUAUAGAACCAGGAGAAUAUGAAUUACUUUUAACUGUAAAAGAUAAGGAUGGUAAUGAAAUUGAAAAGAUAGUUUCUUUUGAAAGAAUUUCAUCUAAAAAUAGUACAGAACCAGUAUUAUAUGAAAUGGAACCAAUUGAUUGGAGUGUACCAAGUGGAUCAGGAUUUAUUGGAACUAAACUUCUUAUUACAAUGCCAAUAGAAGAAAAUUCACUAUCAGAAUGGAGAUUUACUAUUUCAAAAGGAAAUGAAAAAGAAUUAUUUAAAAUAAACCAUCAUAAUGGUUCAACUGCUGAGUUAGAAAUAAUAUCAAAUGAUAUUAAUCAAAAAUUAUAUCAUUUAGAUAUUAACGGAACAAAUAUUAUUAGUAAAUUAGAAACUAUGACACUUAGUGUAACUGUUAAUUUUACAAAUGCCUUACAACAAUAUAUUCCAGAAUUCAUUGUAGAUUUACCAAGAAUUAUACAUAUUCCUUCAAAUCACAAUCAAACAAUUCCCAUAUUUUCUGCUACAGCUACAAUUGUUUCUGAUCCAACACUACCAAUAUUAUAUACUAUUGAGUCAAACUCUCCAGACAAAAUAUUUACAAUUGAUAAAAAUGGAAAUGUUUUUAUGAUUUUAAAUUCAGAAAAUGACAAUAAUAAUACUUAUGAAAUUAAAAUUAAUGCUGUUAGUGGAACAUUUAAAAAUGAAAAAGAUAUUACAAUUGUUUUAGAUAAAAUAAAUGAUAUAGAAACAACUGCUAUAAGUAUUAUAUCAAUGACACCAUCAAAUACAUUUAUCACAACAACAAAUAAACCAUUAGUUUCAUUUGCCAAUUCAAAUUAUUAUUUUAAUCUUGAUAAAAAUUCUGAAAGAGGAUCAGUAAUAGGCAAAAUAGAUUUUACAAAUAAUGAUUUUAAAAAAAGUAAUUAUAAAUUAGCUAUUGUUCCAAAAGAAUAUGAUAUGUUAUUUGAUGCAAAUAUUGAUACUGGAAAAGUUAUAAUGAAAAGAAUUCCAGUAACUGGAUGGAAUACUGAUAAUAUAAAAUUUAAUAUUAAUUUAAUUGAAAUGACAAAAGAAAAUAUUAAUCCACCAACAGCUAAAAUUGAAAUAAAAAUUCAAAAUAUUCAGACAACAACUCAAAGAAGAAUUAUCAUUCAACCAUCUACUACAACAAUCAGUAGUGAAAUUUCAUCCACAACAACAUCAGAUGACAUCUCAUUAAUAGAUGUUACACCAUCAACUAUUGAAAAAAAUCCUACAACAAAAAAUGAAGAUUUAUUAAUAACAUCAGAAACAAUAACUACUCAAAUUCCAGUUGUAACAAAUUUCCCAUUUCCUGAUGACAUUAAUUCAUCACAUAACAAAAUUUUUGAACAUAAUUCAUACUAUGGAGAAAUUAAUGAAGGAUAUUAUAACACUGGAGUAUAUAUUCCAUUAAAACCAUCAAAUUUCAAAGAUGAAUUAUUAUCAUCUGGUCGUAAUAUUUUAUAUAAUCUUAUCAUAAAUGAUACAUUUACAUCAAUACCAACAAGUUAUUUUCCAAUACAUAUAAGAAAAAAUACCGGUGAUAUUAUUGUAGCAGGUGAAGUUGAUAAAGAAAAAAUUGAUAAAUUACAAUUUAUGGUUGAAGGUAUUGAUCAAACAAAUCCAAAAAUAAAAGAAACUGUUGGUGUAACAAUAGAAAUUCGUGAUGUAAAUGAUAACAAACCAAUAUUUGAAUUAAAUACACCAAUUGUUUUACCAGUAUUUAGUACAACAAGACCAACAGAAGUUAUUGGUACUGUAAAAGCAAUAGAUGGAGAUAAUAAUUCAAAUGGUGAAAUAACUUAUGAAAUUGAUGAUCAUGGUAUGAAUAUCUUUAGUAUUGAUAAAAAUAAUGGAAAUAUAAUUCUUUUAAAACCUUUAGAGUAUGCUAAUAAAACAAAUUUUGUUGAUAUUAUUGCAACAGAUAAUGGUACACCAAAACAAUCAUCUAUUUAUAAAUUAAGAAUUGAUGUUUUUCCUGUUAAUAGUGAUGAAGAACCUCAAUUUAAUGAACCAUCGUAUAAUUAUAAAAUUUCAUUAAAUCAUCCAUUAGAUGUACCAUUUGGUCAAAUGGUAGCUGGUGUUGGUGAAUAUAUAUAUACAAUUUCUCCAAAUAAUAUUUUUACAAUAGAUAAAAAUAAUGGUAAAAUAUAUCUUACUCAUUCACUUACUAUUGAGGAUUGUGAUAAUGUUAAAGGUGGUUAUGUAAAUGCUACAUCAAAAUUAAGCGGAAAUGUUGCUAUGACAUCUUUUGAUGUUAUAAUAGAUUCUUGUAAUUUACCUAGACCAACACAUAUAACUACUACAACAAAUUCUAAUGGAAUAAAUAAAAAGUGUUUAUUUGAAUCAAAAGUUUAUCAAGGAGAAAUAAUAGAAAAUGUUCCUGGAAUUAAUAAAUUAUUAACGUUAACUUCAACUUGUCAAAACAAUGCUAUUUAUUCAAUUGUUGAUAGUGAAGAUUUAUUUAUUAUUGACCAAAAAACAGGUGAAUUUUUUGCUGCAAAACCAUUAGAUUAUGAAAUUAAGACAACACAUUAUAUUAUUGUUGAAGUUAGAAAUAAAUAUGAAAAUGAAACUAGAAGAAAACGACAACCAUCAUCUAAUAAAAUUAUUGAUGACUAUGUAAAAAAUAGAUUAACAGAUUAUCAAGCAUUAAUAGUUAUUCAUGUACUUGAUUCAAAUGAUAAUGUACCUAAAUUUGAAAAAUUACCUGUAAAUCAAUCUCAUUUUGUAUUUUAUAUUGAUUGGAAUGUUAAAAAAUCAACAAUUAUUGGAAAUGUUAAAGCUUUUGAUGCUGAUAUAAAUGAUAAUAUACAAUAUUUUAUUGAAAGGAAUUUAUCAUUCGAUGAAGAUUACUUUGAGAUAGAAAAGGAUACUGGAAAUAUUAAACUUAAAAGAAGUAUCAAAAAUGUGAAUGAUAAUGAAUUUCAUAUAACAGUUGGUGCUUCUGAUGGUGUACACAAUAUAACAAAUGAUGUUAUAAUAUAUAAAAUAUCACCUGGUGUUAAUAUUGUUAGUCUUGAAAUGAAUGAUACUAUUAAUAAUGUUAAUGAAAGAAAUAUUAUAGAAAAACUUAGUACACUUACAAAUAUGGAUAUUAAAUUAAUUGAGAAAAAUGAAAUAAAUAAUAAUAUUAAUGAAACAAUAGAAACAUCAAAUAAAACACAAUUAUUAAUUUAUGGUAUUAAUCAAAAUAAUAUGGAACCAAUAGAAGAUGAUGAAUUAAAGAAUAAUAUUAUUCAAAAAUUAGGUGAAAUUCAUAGUUAUGGUAUUGGAAUUGAUUCAGUUUCAACAUUAACAAACACAUCUACACUUGCUUUUAGUAACUUUGAAUAUUUAUUAUUAGUUGUAUCAAUUGUUUUAUUACUUUUAUCAUGUUUCAUAUGUUGUUUUAUAUGUUAUUUUUGUAAUCGUGGAAAAGAAAAUGUUAAAAGUGAAAAAGAUUAUAUGAUUGAUGUAAUUAAUGCUGGUCCAAGACCAUAUAAUGUUAAAUUAAUAAGUAGAAAAACAGCACAAGAGGUAUUACAAGCAAAAGAAAUACCAGAACCUAAAGAAGAUGUUACAGAUGCCUUAGAAGCAUUGUAUGGAAAAAUUGAUAGAACACGAAAAUCAAAUAAAAAAGAAAAUAAUUUUAAUACAAUUGAACCAGAAAAAAAUGAAGUUGAAUAUUAUCAUGAUCGUGGAAUGUCUUAUGAAGUACAAAGUCCAACACAUAUCAUUUCACCAUCUAUUGUAAAUAAGGCUUAUUCUCCGAGUUAA